AUGGAUGCAGGUGGUCAGACUUGGGAGAUGGCUCUGGAUCACCAAGACAACGGAAGUUCCGGACAGAUGGACGGCGAAAAGCAUGCACUGGCAGAUACAGCUCGUGGUGUUGAGCGUGGGGAGCAUGGCGUUAACUCACAAGCCGCUUUCAGCGAGUCGAACACCAUCAAAACGCGACGUCUGGUCGUGUUACUAGGUAGUCUAUGGCUUGGGACUCUGCUCAUGGCACUCGACGAAACCAUGAUCGCUACAAUUGCGACUCCUAUCGCCAACUCUCUAUCGGCGGCAUCAAGCUUUUCAUGGAUUACAACAGCCUAUGUCAUCGGCAGCACCGUGUCACAGGCUAUUAGUGGUCAUCUGGCCAAUGCAUACGGGCGCCGGAAGGCUCUUGCUGUCAACUACUUUCUCUUCUCCCUGGGUACACUCUUCUGCGGUCUGGCGACGAGGAAUCUACCGCUGUUCUUGGUGGGCCGAGCCUUACAGGGUACUGGCGGCGGCGCCAUUGCCUCAAUCACAUCGGUUGUCGAGACGGAUCUUAUUCCCGCCCACCAACGCGCUCUCAUUGAGGGUCUCGGCUCUAUGCUCUACGGCAUGUGCAUGGCCAUCGGGGGGGUAUAUGGUGCUGCUAUUGAUGCUGCUAUCGGAUGGCGGUGGGCGUUCUUGAUCCAGGUCCCUAUCAUCGCCCUAGAUGGUGGAGUCGUCUUCCGAUACGUCACGAUAUCCGACCAACGCGCAAACACAAGUGCCCACAGGCUUCUCGACGUCGUUGGCAUGGUCACCUUGAUGGCCACGAUUGUGCUGUUGCAGUUCGGACUCAAUCACGGCAGCACCACCUUCGCCUGGGCCGCCGCCGGCACAAUCGCCCCUUUGUGCUUGGUCGUACCGUGCUUCUUCCUGUUUUUAUAUAGCGCAUACCAUGCCGAGAGCCCCGUGGUGCCGAUUCGGGUUUUGAUGCAACGCAGUGUCGGCCUCAUCCAGAUUACUGCCUUUUUCAACACUGGCUGCUUCGUGAGUUCCAUGUUCUAUGUGCCUCUCUACCUUCAGGUCCUCGGCCUCUCGGCCUUUGAGGCUUCCCUUCGACUUAUCCCUCUGGCAGUUGCCUUCGGGGUCUGUUCUGGAGCUGUUGGUUACCUUGUUGUUCGUUUACGACGAUACUAUCAUCUGAAUAUUUUUCUGUUAUGCAUUGCUACACUUGGCUACGGUCUCCUCUGCUCACUGGGUCGAGGGUCGUCUGAUUGGAAACCAUUUGUAUUCCUUGGCAUCAUCGGCAUUGGCGUUGGAGGAACUUACGUUACCAAUCUCAUGGGAGUUCUGAUGUCUGUGUCUGAGGAACACCUGGCGACUGUCCAGAGUGCUUCUUGGGCAGUUCGAUCCGUGGGUGUGGUCGUCGGUUUGACGGUCUCAUCAGUCAUACUUCAAACUACUUUACAUACAAAGCUGGAAGCAAUUGGUAUAAAGGCCCAACAGGACAACAUCACCGGCCUGGAUACCGUGGCACUCCACGGAGAUCAGAAACAAUUGGUUAUUCAAGCAUACAUGGAUGCCCUUCGAUAUGUGUUCUAUUCUCUUCUGGCGCAGGGAGUGGUAUCCAUCCUUCCUAGCCUCUUCAUUGAGAACAGGGAGAUCCCGAACAAUGAAGAUUCUAGCUAG